GCCUGAGCCGCCCCCGGAGGGAGGCCGGCGGGCGGGCGGGCGCGCAGGCAGGAUGGCUUCCAAGGAGCGGCUCUACGAGCUGUGGAUGCUCUACUUCGCCAAGAAAGACUUGGCAUACCUGCAGCAGUGGCUGGAAGCGUUUGUCACCAAUUUUGAGAAGAUCAUUGCUGUGCAUUCACUGGAUCCCAGAAGGCCGGAAGACUCUGUCUCCGAGAUUCCGCUGCUGCCCUGCGACGUCCUCCAGGUACUGACCCAGCAGCUGACAUGCAGCGUCUCCCAGAUCGCCCGCGACGAGGUGGCCGAGGCAGGCCUCAGCCGGGCGCUCCUGCUUGUCAAGUUCUUCAUCAUCAUUUGCAGGAAUCUGGAAAACAUCCAAGCGGACCAGCCCCCGGCAUUCAUUCGGGAAGUGAUCAGUUUGCUGUCUGCCUAUUCUACCAAGCUCAAGAGCACCCAGGGGCAGGGCUUCCCAUUCAGGGGCCAGCUGGAGAGCAUCGCUCUGUAUGCCCUGCACCUCUGCGAAUGCCUCUUUGACCCCUACCAGACGUGGAGGAGACAGCUGAGCGGGGAGAUCGUCAGCAUGAAAGAGAAGAGUAAAUACAAGUUUGGACCGGCUGCGUUGCCUCCGGAGUUCGGCUCCUUUUUCCAAGAGUGUUUCCAAGAGGACGAACAACUUCCAGAGGCCCUUCAGCUCCGGCUCAUCCAUCUCUUCGGGGCAGUUAUUUCGGGAGCCAAGCAAAAUGCCCUCGUGGUGGUCACGCCAUCUUCAGUCGAAGUCCUCAUGACAGUACUCCGGAGGUGGUGCUGGCCAGCAAGCGGUCCUUCCAAAGACCUCAGGUUACUGCAGCUGACCCUGAAGAGCCUGGUUGGGAUGGUCCACAUUCUGCACGCCAGCAGCCCCAGCCAACGCAAGGUGGAGAUCCGGUCCAUCUUGGGUAGCUUCUUCAAGGUUCUCAACUCAGACCAGCCCAUGGCCUCGUUGGACGGUUCGCCGGGUCCUCACUGGGAGGAGAAGCUCAUCACCCUCCGGGUGAACAUGUUGGAUGCCAUUCCUGAAAUGCUGAGCUGCGACGACCGGCCCGUCUUGCAGGCAAUCUUCCUCAGCAACAACUGCUUUGAGCAUAUCAUUCGGCUUAUCCAGAACAGUAAGCUCUACCUGAGCACUGAGUGCAAAGCCUCGGGGAACGAUCUCUCCAAGCGGUUCCUGACUGAGAUGGAUAUCCAUCAGGUCUUCGACAGCCGUUCUGAUGCCCUUGCGGUUCACGCUAUCGGAGUCCUCACGUCCAUCAUGAGCAGUUCCCCCUCAGCCAAGGAGGUGUUCAAAGAAAGGAUCGGCUACUCCCACUUGUACGAAGUUCUGAAGAGCCAGAGCCAGCCGACCAGGAGGCUGUUGCAGGAGCUGCUCAACAUGGCAGUUGAGGGAGACCACACAUCUUGCCCCCCACGCCUGAUCCACAACGAACAGCCACUGUUGAUUCUGAUCUCGUGGCUUCCAGAGCUGAAGUCCCGGGAAUUGCAGAUCUUCCUUUCCGACUGGCUGAAGAAAAUCUGCGACUCCUCCCUCCAGAGCCGCACAACAUGUGUGAAGGCUGGGAUGGUUGGCUGCCUCUUGGAUGCUUUGUGCGCCACUGAGCACGAACUGGACGGGAAAUGUGCUGAGAACCUCAUCUGCCUGCUGCAAGUUCUGGGCAGCCUUUCCAUCCGACCGGGCGAAUUCAAGCAACUCCUCAAGCUGCUCCGGACUGACCUGGGCAAGGGAGCCCAUCCGUACACCACCCAAGUCAUCCGAGCGCUCUCAGGCAUGGCCCGGAAGGACAGGCCAGAGCGAGCUCUUCAGUACUUUGACCUUACCCCGAGCAUGGCUGGGAUUAUGGUGCCUGCUAUUCAGAAGUGGCCUGGAAGUGGCUUCGCCUUUCACGCCUGGGUGUGCCUCGUUGAGGAGCCGAAAGAUUCCCCCGAGGAAGCUGCCAAGUUGAAGCGGAAGCAGCUGUACAGUUUCUUCACAGCCAGCGGGACUGGCUUUGAGGCCUUCUUCACAACCGAUGGGAUGCUAGUGGUGGCCGUCUGCACCAAGAAGGAGUACAUGACGGUUGCUCUCCCGGAGUUUCCUUUCAACGACGCAGCCUGGCAUUGUGUCGAUAUUGUUCACAUCACCGGCCGCCGGCCCUUCGGCCAGAACCUCGUAAACAUCUACGUGGAUGGGCAGCUGCAGAAGAUAGCUCAGCUGCGAUUUCCCUCCCUGGGUGAGUCCUUCACUUCUUGCUGCAUCGGCUCGGCCGGCCACCGGACAACCACCACCAUGACCACUCAGUCCUCUCCGUGCCACUCACCAGACCUCGGCUUCCCUGCUCACCCUCCCCUGAGCCGUUCCCAGUCCUUCCCAGCUUCUCUGGCGCCACAUGCCUGGAUGCCCAUCCCCCCUCAAGUUCCCCGGGAAGGCGUGGUUUCCACGAUGAUAGCUGGGAGCCAAGAUACAGAGUGGGGGGUGCCCACGUCCCUGGAGGGGCACCUCGGGUCUGCCUCGAUCUUCUACGAAGCACUGCAGCCGGCUCAAGUGAAGGCGCUCUACUCCUCAGGACCAAAUGUGACAUCACCAUUUAAGCCGGAAGGGGAUUUCCUGGAGCUCAGCAACAAACUCCUUCUGUAUUACACGCCACAGGCUUGCAAAAGCAACAUCUGCCUGGAUCUCUCCCCGAACCACUUCUUCGAUGGGAGGCUGACGGGACACAAAGUGGUGAACUGGGAUGUCAAGGACGUGGUCAACUGCAUUGGUGGAUUGGGGGUGCUGCUCCCCCUACUGGAUCAGGUGGUGUCUCAGAAAAAGGAGUCCGAAGACAGUCAGGAAACCCACGGCCUUGUCGGCCCGGAGCUGACUUCUUCCCGGAACGCCCAGGGCAUGCUCAUCCCGCUGGGGAAAUCCUCAGAAAGCCGACUGGAAAAGAAUGGAGUGGCUGCCUUCCUGCUGUUGGUGAAAAACUUUAUCCGCGGUCACCCUGUCAAUCAAGAGAGCCUGGUGCAGUGCCAUGGGCCGGCAAUCAUUGGAGCCCUGCUCCAGAAUGUCUCCAGCCAGAUGAUGGACAUGAAUGUGCUGAUGGCCUCUCAGAUCCUUAUGGACCAGGUGGCUUCUGAAGGGCACAACCUUUUGCUGCACCUCCUCUACCAAUAUCUACUGUUUGACUUCCGCAUCUGGAGCAACAGCGAUUUCGCUGUCCGGUUGGGCCACAUCCAGUACCUGUCCAACAUCAUUAAAGAUCACAAACAAAGGAUCCGGAAGAAAUACGGGGUCCAGUAUAUCCUAGACUCCAUCAGGACCUAUUAUGGGACUUACAAGGAGAAGCCGGUGGCAACAGACGACAUCAAGACCGUGCAAACUUCCCUCUUUAGCCUGGUCAAGGACUUCCUCUGCCGAAGCUUCUCCACAGAGGAAAUGCAAAGCACCCUCAACUACCUCGCUGCUGUGAACGAUGAACACCAGGUGUGUGGAGUGCUGGAGGUGAUCCACAGCUUGCAGAAGAGCUCCCCAGCCCAGGAGCAGCUCUUCGCCUUCCUGUUUGAGCCGGGAAACGUCGAGAUCUUGUUCUCACUUCUUGUUCAGAGGAAGUUCUCCGAUGAUGUGCGUGAGAGGAUAUUCAAGAUCCUCUACAAGCUGCUGAAGUACGAGAAGGUGAGCGAGAGGAACAAGCAGCGCCUGAAGCUGAAGGACAUCGGCUACCAGGGCUUCACCUCCUACCUGAACGACAUCCCCGUCUCUAUGCAGCUCUUCCGCCGUCUUCUGGAGCAAGUGCUCGGACCAGACACCCCAAACUACAAAGAUUUGAUGGCUGUGGUUUACCUCUCCCACCGGGCAGAACUGACAGUCAGGCUGGACAUCUGCAGAAAGCUGUUCUACCUGAUUUACUCCCAGCAAGACAUGGUGAAGCAGCUGGCCAAGCUGGCCAGCUGGCAGGAUACCCUCACCAAGCUGUAUGUCAAGGAAUCCUACGAGUCCCGCCAACACAGCUUGUCGGGCUCCACCAAUAGUGGGGGCUGCCUUGAUCUCUUGAGGAGCUCCAGCCAGCCAACCUCAGAAACAGGGAAGGAUCCAGCGGAUGCCCUGAAUCCGGCCCCUGCUGAUCUCCAGGACCUCGAUGUCUUCCUCCCGCUGGGCUACGAGGCCUCGGAUCAAGAGCUUUCAGAAGGUUUCUCCGACCACUCCAUCUCCCCCACCAACCAACGGGGCAAGCCUUUCCACCCAUACGGCUUCAAGUCCUUUGACUCCCUAGACCUCGCCAGCCAUUCCUCCUCUUCCAACAUCAUUGACCUUCCCGGGCAGGGCGAAGCCCAUGCUGGAGACACAGUCCAUGUGGACAGGGUCUACCACCCUCUUUCUCCCUUCUCCAUGUCCCCCUUCGACCUUGGCUUGGAUAUAGGGAGUACCAGCUCUGCAGCUACAGCAGAGAGUGGGAACCAGACCCCGGUGAGCUUGCCCGGGACCCCUUCACCUCUGGAGAACUUCAAGCCCUUCCCGGGGACACGAGCUCGGAAAAGCUCCAGCCUCUCCAAUGUGCUGGAUGAGACCAGCUAUCAGGAGACCUUACCCAGCGACAACGUCUCCAACACGAGCAACCCUCAGCAAACCCCUGAAGAAGAACUCUGCAACCUGCUGACCAACAUUAUCUUCUCCGUGACCUGGCGAGGGGUGGAGGGGUGCGACGACGUGGCCUGGAAGGAGCGGGGGCAGGUCUUCUCCGUCCUCACCAAGCUGGGCUCCGCCUGUGAGCUGGUGCGCCCCCCGGAUGAGAUCAAGCGCAGUCUCCUGGAGAUGAUGUUGGAGUCGGCCUUGACAGACAUUAAAGAGUCCACCGCGGCGACACUGCCCAGUCUCACCCAGAAUGCACUCAAGCUGCUGCGUCUCCUUCAGGAUGUCUUGUUUUCGGAGGGCCAAAGCAACCAGGCCUUGUGGAGCGAGAAGGUCUAUGAAGGUAUCAACAGCCUGCUGGAGAAGUUGGUGGUGUGGUCCCACUUGGCCAACGGCACCUCUGACCUGAAGGAGAUGGCCCAGAUUGGCCUGCGGGUGCUAGUCGGGUAUAUUAUGCUGGACGAUAUGCAGUCCUUGGCCUGUGCGAAGCUCCACAGCCUGCUGCAGACAGCCUCAGCUCCUAAGAAGGAGGAAGCCUGCUACCUGCUAGGCAACCUGGCAACUCCCCUCCAGCGCUCGCUUCACACCAAGUCGGAGACCUUCUCCCGCCUGGUACCCAUCAUCCGCACCCUGAUGGACCAGUGUUACGACACCUUGCAGCUCCAGCACUUCCUUCCUUCUCUGCCCCCCACCAACGGCAGCCCCACCUUCUACGAAGACUUACAGGUGUUCUGCACCACACCGGAGUGGAAGGCGUUCAUCGAGAAGCACGUGCAGCCCAAUAUGACCCAGUUUGAAACCGACACGUUUGCCAAGAGCCACGACCACAUGUCCAACUUCUGGAACUCCUGUUACGACGCCCUGAUGAGCAGCUCUCUGAGGAGGGAGAAGGAGAAAGCCGAGAGCAGGAGGAAGUUCCAGGAGCUCAUCUUGGAACCGGUGAUGAAACGGGCGAAGUACGAGAACAUCCGACACACGAACAUGCUGAAGCAGGUCAACAACCAUCACCACACCGUCUUGAAGCAGUGGAGAGCUCUGAGGCGCCUGCUGACCUCCCAGUGCUCUGCCUGGGCUGACCGGAAUCCUCCUGAGAUGCACUGGAAGCUGUCAGGGGCAGAGACCUACUCUCGCAUGAGGCUGAAGCUGGUACCCAAUUAUAACUUCGACUGCCACGUGGAGGCCAGCGCUCUCCGUGACAACCUAGGUGCCGAUUGCUCCCCCAAGCCAGCCGAGGCUUUCCCCCUGGCCGUAGCCAAGGAGGCGAAGGUCAGUAAAAUGCAGGAUGACCAGCUGGCCGAAGACGAACUCUUAUUCCCAGACAAUCAAGUGGAGAAUAAGGAGCAGAGUCAGCGGGAAAAGCUGGUGAUCUCUGAGGACUGUGAGCUGAUCACCACCGUGGCCGUGGUCCCGGGACGCCUGGAGGUCACCACUCAGCACCUUUACUUCUAUGACGGAACCAGCGAGAAGGAGGAGACCGAGGAAGGAAUUGGUUACGAUUUCAAGCGCCCCCUGUCGCAGCUCCGAGAACUGCACCUUCGCCGGUACAACCUCCGCCGGUCCGCUCUGGAGUUCUUCUUCAUCGACCAAGCCAAUUACUUCCUCAACUUCAAGAAAAAGGUUAGAAACAAGGUGUAUUCUUCCAUCCUCGGACUGCGACCUCCCAACCAGAUUUAUUAUGGCAGCCGUUCUCCUCAGGAAUUAUUGAAGGCCUCAGGCUUGACUCAGAAAUGGGUUUACAGGGAGAUCUCCAACUUCGAGUACCUCAUGCAGCUCAACACCAUCGCAGGCCGCACCUACAACGAUCUCUCCCAGUAUCCCGUGUUUCCAUGGAUCCUGCAGGACUACGUCUCGGAGACUCUGGAUCUCAGCAACCCCGCUGUCUUCCGUGAUCUUUCCAAGCCCAUUGGGUUGGCCAAUGAGAAGCACGCCAAGGAUGUUAAAGAGAAGUAUGAGAGCUUUGAGGACCCCACGGGCAUGAUUGAUAAGUUCCAUUACGGCACUCAUUAUUCUAACGCGGCCGGCGUCAUGCACUACCUGAUCCGCACGGAGCCAUUCACAACCUUACACAUCCAACUGCAAAGCGGAAGGUUUGACUGCUCUGACCGCCAGUUCCACUCGGUUCCUGCGGCGUGGCAAGCCCGUAUGGAAAACCCUGUGGAUGUGAAGGAGUUAAUCCCAGAAUUCUUCUACUUCACGGAUUUCUUGGAGAACCAGAAUGGUUUUGAUCUGGGCUGUCUUCAGCUGUCGAAUGAAAAGGUGGGGGAUGUGGUCCUUCCCAGGUGGGCAAAAUCCCCCGAAGAUUUCAUCCGCAAGCACAGACAAGCUCUGGAAUCGGAGUAUGUGUCAGCCCAUCUCCAUGAAUGGAUCGAUCUCAUCUUUGGGUACAAGCAGAGGGGCCCAGCAGCCGUGGAGGCCCUGAAUGUCUUCUAUUACUGCACUUACGAAGGGGCAGUCGACUUAGAUGCCAUUGCUGACGAAACCCAGAGGAAGGCAUUGGAAGGCAUCAUCAGCAACUUCGGGCAGACCCCGUGUCAGUUGCUAAAGGAGCCCCACCCAGCCCGCCUGUCUGCUGAAAACGCCGCUAGGAGACUUGCUCGCUUGGACACCUCAUCCCCUAAUGUGUUUGAGAACCUCAGUCAGCUCAAGUCCUUCUUUGUGGAGGGCAUCAGUGACAGGAUUCCAUUGGUGCAGGCGGUGGUCCCCAAGAACCAGGCCCAUUCCUUCAUGACUCAGGGCUCUCCCGAUAUGCUGGUCACUGUCAGCGACAAUGGGCUUCUAGGGACCCACGGCUGGCUGCCCUACGACAAAAACAUCUCCAAUUAUUUCAGCUUCACCAAAGACCCCACGGUCUCCAACUCCAAAACCAAGCGCUACCUGUACGGCCCCUUUGCACCAGGGGUGGAUGUGUCCUUCAAGACCCUUGCCAUCUCUCACGACGGGAAGCUCCUCUUCAGCGGGGGCCACUGGGACAACAGCUUGCGUGUCACCUUGCUGAGUAAAGGGAAGGUUGUGGGACACAUCAACAGACAUAUAGAUGUCGUCACUUGCCUGGCCUUAGAUCUGUGCGGAAUCUACCUCAUUUCCGGGUCGCGGGACACCACCUGCAUGGUGUGGCAGGUCCUCCAACAGGGUGGUUUCUCUUACGGCCUGGCACCCAAGCCUGUCCAGGUUCUCUACGGGCACGACGAUGAAGUCACGUGCGUGGCCAUCAGUACCGAGCUGGACAUGGCUGUGUCGGGGUCGAAGGACGGCACCAUCAUUGUCCACACCAUCCGCCGAGGCCAGUUCAUGAAGUCGCUCAAGCCCCCCUGCGAGAGUUCCCUGCCGAUCACCAUCUCCAACCUCGCUGUGGGCCAAGAGGGGCAGAUCGUGGUGCAAACCACCAUGGAGGGCAGGGCCUCUCUGAAGGACAAGUUUGCCCUGCACCUGUACUCUGUCAACGGCAAGCACCUGUCUUCCGUCCCGCUGGAUGAGCAGGUCACCUGCAUGUGUGUUACCAAGGAGUUUGUCGUGUUGGGAACCAUUCAGUGCUCACUGCAGAUUAGAGAGCUGUGGAGCCUCCAAGCAGCCAUUCCCCCUUUGGCCAUGAAGGUCCCUAUCCACAGCGUCUCUGUGACCAAGGAGAUGAGCCACAUCUUGGUGGGGCUGGAAGAUGGGAAGCUGAUUGUGGUGGGAGCAGGGCAGCCCUCGGAGGUGAGGCCGGGUCAGUUCCACAGGCGGCUCUGGCGUUCGACACGGCGCAUCUCCCAGGUGUCAUCUGGCGAGACAGAAUACAACACAACAGAGUCCAAAUAACCGUCCCGGGUUGGCUUUCAGCCUUCCUGUUGCCUUGUGGCUGCGGCUGCGGCAGAGGACCCAAGACCUGUCCUGCCCUGUCUGCUGGGGGUGUUUUCAGCCACUCCCCCGCUAGUAGCCUGCUGCUGGUGGGCCCCCUGCGUGGCCCCUGGGUUGGAACAGCAGAAAUUGCCUCGAGGAUUCCUUGGCGGGCCAGAGGUCUGUGCCCAUCUGGCGCAGUGCUCCAGGUGCGGGUGUGCGCAGGACAAUCUCCGGGGGGGGGGGGCUCUCGUGAGUCCGGCCAGCUGUUCCCCCAUUUCUUGAUUACUAUAAUUAUUAUCAUUUGAUUCCUGUGGAGCUUGAAGUGGCAAAUGUUUGUAUUAGUCGUCUUACACUGGAAAGAGAGGAAGAGGACUAAGUGGGAUGGGAGGGUGAGAGCAAUCGCUGCCUUCUGCUGCCCGGCAGGAAACACAAUGCAAUAGACACACGCCAGCCUCAAGACAGCGGUCUGGUCUUUCUCCGAUGGCCUUAAGCAGACCCUUUCUUGCACUACGUACAAAACCUGCACCGGAACCAAGGACCGCGGCGUCUUGUUUGUCCCGGCUGGGGAGGGGGCAGUCUGCACACUCUGAGAGAAAGCUUUAACAGGGAGCUGGAAAGGGAAGGUAUUGAUAGGAGCCGCCUGUUCUUCUCUGGUGGGGGGACACACACUCUCGGUGCUUGGCAGAAGAUAUUUAGCACGGCAGCCAAACCUGCAUGCGUUAAAGCAGAGGGGUGUGGCAAACAGGCAGGUGUGUGCUACCUCACUGGGUUGUUUUUCCCCCAAUUUCUGGUCCACGCGGAUUGGGUCACUUCCUACUGGUGACCUCCAGUGAGACCUAUUGACUCGGGAAGGGGGCGUCUGCAAGUAUCUGGCACCUCUGGAUAGAAGCAGGAUUCUGGUUCUUCCGGCAUCUUCACCAGCAAUUAGCCCCUCCUCUUGGUAGUCUUGUGUCUUUACCCAACCCUCGCAGCCUUUCCAUUGUCGCUCGAGGGGAGAGUCUACCUAAGAUUUUGUGCAGCACCAACAAGGAAGUCCUUCUCUCGGCCUGCCUCGCUUCACGUCCUCCCAAGUGCAGCGCUGCCUUUCUGGAAGACGGCGACUCCUCGGUUGCCAUCCCUGGCCCAAAGCAAGGCACGGCUGGAGCUUUGAAAGGAUUUACGGGAACUGCUGUUUCAAAGAGUCUCACAGGGUCUAUUGGGGGAAUCUCCAGCCCUUCGUUCACUUUGUGUCGCUGUCCGUCCCGUUCCCCUUUAAGCACUUUUUGAUAACCAAAACUGCUCAGCAUUGAAAGUGAAAUAAAAACUGUUUUUCAGAAGAGAAAUGCUUGAUACAUCGCAGCUCCUAACAAGAAGCCUCCAGGGCUUUUUUGGAACUCGUCCCCCCUCCGGUGAACCUUGCUUGCUUUUCUCCAAGCCUUUCCUGGUGCCAGUCGAGAUGGACUGGAAGUGGGGAGAGCAAGUGUAAGGUUUGGCAGGGUGAAACAAGAACUGGGUUCCCUUUGAAACGGAGGGGUUUCCCUGGAUCUACUGAAUCUGCUGAAACCUAGAGCAGAUUUCCCUUGGAUCCAGCUUUGAGAAGUUAAUUUCUGUCCCUCCCAACAGACAGUCCUGAUUUUGGUGAAAAGAAUGAUUUAGAGAUGAGAGAAGAUCGUGUGGACUUUGAUCGGUAGCCAUCUCAGUGGCUCGGCUCUGGAAAGAGAAGGAUCCUGGCUUUAUAUUUUUCUGCCCUAGCUGACCAGUAACUGCCUGGCUUUGUUCCAUUCCUCUGCACACCCGUAUUUUGUGAAAUUGGGAGUAGGCUUGGGUGGGUUUUUUUGGCAGAAGUGUUAGUUCAGGUGUUCUCAUUAGUUCUUUCUCCAGUUGCUCCGCCUGUCUGGCGUUCAUGCCCGUGUGGCCCUUUGAUUAAGGAGAGUGAACUGGUUAGAAGCUUCAUGCCAAAAGGUUACCUCUGUUCCAUAUAUUCAGUUUGGCUGCCCACUCUGACAUGGUACAAUGCAAGGACUUUGGACUUAAGUCACCCUGAACCAAAGCCGUAGUUGGUCUGGGAGAAAACAGGGAUGCUUGGAGUGCUGAGCGCUGAAUCUUCAGUCUCGGUUCCAUCUCUCUUGUCGUAUAGGGCAUAUCGAUUCAUUAGGAUUACUGAUGCUUAAACAGACGUAUCUCCCCUGGAUCCCAAUUCUGGGUCCCUCCGUUCUGUCUUCCACGCAGCUUCCUUCCUACUUCAUAUCCUGUGUCCAUCCCCACUGCAUAGAGAACGUUCUGCCACUACGGUUUCACAUGGAAGACCUUCAGUUCUGUUGGAUGCUACCCUGAGAAAGCAGCCAAUACUUUAUCCCCGAGCAAGUUUGGUGUUGACUCUUGAUGGUUCAUAAGCCGCGUGGUUGGCUUUUCCUCUGUUGCUUUUCUUUCGGGGGGAGGGGGCCGCUGCUGUGACUGUUGCUUGUGUGGGUUCAAGAAUGCGCGGACCUGGUCGUCUGUGCUUAUGUGCAAGUGCCAUGGUUAAACACUCAAAACAGCGGGCUCCGGUGUCGCCUCCUAGCUCUGGAGCCUGGAAUUGUAAAAAGGGGACGCCUUCUUUCAAACAGGGCUGGGCAGGAAGAUGAAGCCUUUGACUCAUUACAGCCCACUAGAAGAGCUGCACCAGCUUUGUAGGCCUCAAGCACGGCACUGUGAAUCUCGACAUUCAGGAGUGGGAGAUGUUUUGCACUGGACUGUUGACUGCUGAAGGUUUUUGCAUGGAGAAUCUCUUACCUUUGCCAAGGAAGGACUCACUCUCCUUCUCUUUCUUAGGACCAACCGAUUCUCCCUUGCCCCCCUCUGUGGAUCCAGGAACAACUCGUAUUCAGACAAUAGAAGAUAUGCUUCUCUCCUUCCUUUUGCUAAAGAGAAGGUCCAAGCUCUUAAAGCAAUGACCUCUUGCCCUAUUUCCCCCUCCCCCCCAAAGUAAAUCCUUGGCGAAGACCAAGUUUCAAGAACACCAAGUGCAAUAUUGGCAUUUUGCAGGAAAAGAUGCUCUUUUCUUGACUGUCCUGUUGUAUCAUUGUUUUUUCUGUGUACAUAAUUAUAUAUAAAUAGGUUUUGUACCUUUUAUGAAUGUUGAUCCAACAUUUUCUACUGUUUUGUAUUUUAUGGGGGGAAAGAGUUACUUUGAGCUUUUGGGACUCCUGCUGAAUUUGUGAGAGCAGCCACGGCUCCAUGUGGAUUUGUCCUCCGUUCAGAAUGAGCAUUUGGGGUGGGUGGGGGGACCUGGUAACCCUUCUGGAGGGCUGCCUGCUGGCGAAAUCUUUUUGGUCCCAUCUCUUUGUUCUGUUCUGGCUUUGUAGGGAUCAAAUGGGCUUGAUGGAGUUUUUCUGCUCCGUGUCUCGGAGUGACUUGACCAGUUCUUCGGUGGUCCUGAUUGGAAAGCGGCAACUGUGGCAAGGGAGACGUGGUUCCCGUUGCAUCACACUUUGGUGCAUACAGUGAAUUGGGAGGAGGUUGGGGGAAAGUGGGAAAGCAAAGCGGCAAGCCAGUUUUGCACUACCUUCCCUCCCCCCUGCUUUAAACAUGGGUUGGUGUUGAUGCAGAAGGAGUUUUGAGUUUCAGAAGGGUUUUCCACACCUGCUGUUUCAGAUUCCUGUGAGAAUGAGCCCUUCUGGUGUUCUAAUUUGACAUGGUCUCCCCUCGAGUUGCGCCUUCCUCUGAGUACUGUAUUUCAGGAGGCAUUCCGUGCAGUCACACGUCUCUCCCUGUCCUGUUUCCCUUCCUAGAAAUUUUGCUAGUCCCUGUGGGAUUCUGGAGGAACUGAGUAAGAGCUAAGUGAUUAAAAGGGCACCAGAAAGUUAGUCGAAGGAAAAGGAACUAGUCACACCUAAACGUUUCUGCAAUUUCAGCACGCACGUGUGAGCAGAUUUCCUUUGUGUGCUGCACGGAGGGUCUCUCCCAGAUCCAUCGUUACAGAUUUGUGCAGCACUUGAGCAGCGCGGUUAGGCUCAGAGCCAAGCUACAAGUGACGCCUGACACAGGUUGGACACUUGUCAGCUUCCCUCAGGUUUUGAUGGGAAAUGUAGGCGUCCUGGUCUUGCAACUGUAAUGGAGA